AUAUGUGAAGAUGUAGAAGAAGCAGGAGGAAUAUAGCAGCGAUAUCAAAUAUACAGCUCUGUCUUCCGGAGGUACACAUUCUGUUCAUCACGAUGCGGCGGCUGAACGGGUCGGGAUCCGGCUCUGGAAUGGGUGGUCUGCGGCUCCUGUUGGGUAUUUACAGUUAUACCUUUCUCCUCUUGCCUGGAGAUUGUCACUUCGUAACAGACUACUUUACGCGGACGCCUCGUAAGCUGAAUGCAUUCCGGUCCUUCGCCAGCGUGGAGCUGUUCCACUUCAGUGUUCCCGAAGACACGGUGGUUGCUGUGUGGAACCUCAUCACCUUCAAGGAACAGGGAGGAACCUUCGGUGACAGCUGUCCCGACCGCAACGUCACCGUGUACUUUAGAUCAGGAGCCCCUCCCGUCAUCAACCCCCUCCACACGCGGUUCCCACGGGAUACCAUUGUCCCAGGGUCCUUUGCAGUCACUCUGACCUGGACUUUACCAAACCGCACCACAGGGGUGUUCAACGUGACCUCCCCCCUCCCCGGGGAUUGGUUCCUGGCUGCACACCUGCCCAAGGAUGAGGGAAAGAUCUCUGUCAAGGGUUUAUAUGAGGAGUGUCAGUAUCUCUUCCAGCCCCAGCUCAUCGUUCAGAGGCUGAUAGGGAUCUCUGUUCUCUAUCCUGGUUACUUCAUAGACCAGAUGAUUCCUGCCCACAACAGAUCUGUGCUCUACAAAGUGUUCAUCCCCAGUUACGUGUCCAGAGUAAAGGUUCAACUGGCUAACUGCAGCACACACCCUAGAGACCAACAGACCAGGGGACAGACAGAAGACACCAGGGGACAGGGAGACAGUACUGGAGACAGCUGUUCCGUUGUGUUAAAGAUCCGAGCCAGGGCUCCUCCUGUCCACAACUCAUCAGCUCUGGACUGCAGGGAGUGGUCACCUUGUGAGCUUGACACACCCCUUCCUGCCUGGGAACACUGGUACUAUAUCCUGGUGGAGCGUUACCUAAGCAACCAGGACGUAUACUUCCGCAUCGGGGUGCAGGUCACAGGUAGGCAGUGA